CGCGUAAUAAUAAACUCUUUAUUGUUAUUGUGUAGCUAAUUUUUACUUCACAAAAUAUUUCUUGAAAUUAUUUCAACUUAACUGUUCGAAUGUGCAAGGUAUUUUUAUAACUUUUUCUUGAAAUAAUAUUAUUGUGAAAAAAAAUAUUAAAGGUAUUUUUGCUCUCUUUCGCGAAUUAUCUAUAAAUCAAAAGGGAAAGGAAAAAAAAAAAUAGAAAUAACUAAAACAACGAUAUUUAUAGCUGAUUUUUCUUGUAUGAAACUUAAAAUGUUUGGGGAGAAAUAUAAAGGUUUACACAAAAUGUCGAAAAAUGGGAAAAAGGAAAAUUCAUCGGAAAUUUCUGUAACUGCUGAUGUUGAAACGUUUGGGAAAUGUAACCUUAAGGGUGCACUAAAUAAAUGGUUUUUGCUCCUUAAUAUUUUUAUUGUUGCAUUUUUAAUAUGGAAUCUACAGAACCCUAGUAGUAGUUGCACCUCUAAUGAAUCGUGCGAUUGGGGUAAUGUCCUGCUGAAGAAUGCCCCCAGCAGUGGUAAUCGAAUAUUAGUGGAAACUGAGUACAUGGAAAGAGUGAGCCAUGUUGAUAAUCCUGCCAUGGGUUUCCCUGGUAAGAAUUACCUCAGAGAGAGUAAUAUAAAGUCGAGAUUCAACAAAUUAGGAACGAAAUUAAAUGGUAAGGAGGAAAAAAUGGACUCAGAUCACAACACAGAGAAGGCGAAGUUUAAGGACCACUUUCCAAAAAAGGGAAAGGAAAAUACCAACAUUUAUGAUAAUAUUCAGGACAUUUAUAACGUAUACAAUGAUAUUAAUAAUGACUUGAAUUCCUCCCAGGGGAACGAACCUCUUAUUUUCCACACAAAUAAUGUAAAUUGGGAAAGCACGGGAAACUACGAUGAGCUACAGAGAGGAAAUGAAACUGGUAGCUAUGAUCCCAUGGAUAAGGAUGACAAGGAUAAGGACGGCAAGGAUGACAAGGAUAAGGACGGCAAGGAUGACAAGGAUAAGGACAGCAAGGAUGACAAGGAUAAGGACAGCAAGGAUGACAAGGAUAAGGACAGCAAGGAUGACAAGGAUAAGGACAGCAAGGAUGACAAGGAUAAGGACAGCAAGGAUGACAAGGAUAAGGACAGCAAGGAUGACAAGGAUAAGGACGGCAAGGAUAACAAGGAUAAGGAUGGCAAGGAUGACAAGGAUAAGGACAGCAAGGAUGACAAGGAUAAGGACAGCAAGGAUGACAAGGAUAAGGACGGCAAGGAUGACAAGGAUAAGGAUGGCAAGGAUGACAAGGAUAAGGACGGUAAGGAUGACAAAGAUAAGGGUAAAAAGGAUAAGGAUGAUGACGACGAUGAUGAUAAUGAUGAUGACGAUGAAAAAAAAAAAGCAAAAGCAGAAGAAAUUGAUGAAAAGAAUAUAGAAAAGAAAGGAUGUCCAUUUAUGGGUGAUAAUACAGAAAAGAAGGGAUGUCCAUUUAUGGGUGAUAAUACAGAAAAGAAGGGAUGUCCAUUUAUGGGUGAUAAUACAGAAAAGAAGGGAUGUCCAUUUAUGGGUGAUAAUACAGAAAAGAAGGGAUGCCCAUUUAUGGGUGAUAAUACAGAAAAGAAAGGAUGUCCAUUUAUGGGUGAUAAUACAGAAAAGAAAGGAUGUCCAUUUAUGGGUGAUAAUACAGAAAAGAAAGGAUGUCCAUUUAUGGGUGAUAAUAAAGAAAAGAAGGGAUGUCCGUUUAAGGAGGACUGCACAAAAAAGGAUGACUCUACAGUAAAAAGUGAAUGUCCAUAUAAGGACAAAAAUGUAAAAAAAGACGAAUGCACCGAAGGAGGCGAGUGUUCAAAAAAUUUGGGAUGCCCCUCUAAAGAAAAGAAGAAGGAAAAUGAAGGACAUCCAUGUAAAGGUAAGAGUGAAAAUAAAGAAGAUUCUGUCGAAUUCGAAAGAUGCCCAUUUACUGGUAUACCUUUAAAAAAGUAUGGAUGUCCAUCCAAAGAUCAAAAUGCAGAAAAAGAGGAUUGUGCGAAAAAAACGGGGUGCCCCUAUAUGAAGAAAUGUUCAGAAAAAAGUGAAUGUCCAUAUAAAGCUCAAAAAACUGAAGGUGAUAAAUGUGCCGGAAAGGCAGAUUGCCCAUAUAAAACUCAAAAAACUGAAGGUGAUAAAUGUGCCGGAAAGGCAGACUGCCCAUAUAAAGCUCAAAAAACUGAAGGUGAUAAAUGUGCAGGAAAGGCAGAUUGCCCAUAUAAAGAUCAGAGCAUGGGAAAAAAAGGGUGCCCCUUUAAAGGAGGGUGUACAAAAAAAUGA